CUUUUAUGACAGUGUCAGCUCACUGACUAAAUUUCAGUGAGACAGGGACACAAACCCUGGAUCUGUCAGCCAGUUCAUGAGAAUAUACAGGCAGCCCCACAUUGAAUAACCACCAACAUCGAUUACAGCACCUGCCUCAUUUGCUGCCAAUGUACCACCUCCUGGAAUGUGACUGAGAGCUGAUAUGAACACCACGCUGUUAGUGGUGGCAGAGAAGCAGCCAAACCCAGGAGCUGGACAAUCUCUUACCCAAGGCUCAGCUGUACAGGAUGUCCCGCCUUAGUCAAUGCUGAAAGACAGUUCUUGCUAAGACUGUAUGCUCGCUGAAGUUGCUGUUUAUCUGCAGCCGAGAAAGUCACUCCUUGUGAGGGGUGGUCAGGAGGGUUGGUGUGGGGGCUGCAGGGAGAGAGUGUGUGGGAGCUGCAGGGAGAGAGUGAGUGGGAGCUGCAGGGAGAGAGUGUGUGGGAGCUGCAGGGAGAGACUGGGAGCUGCAGGGAGAGAGUGAGUGUGCUGCAGGGAGAGUAUUGUUGUGAGCAGUAGCUGCUGUCGGUGUGUGCCUGUGCUCUGGGGACGAUGUUAGCUCUGGUUGUAGCAGCACUAACAGGAAUCCUGGCUGUAGGCUUUGUGCUGAGCCUCAGUGUGCAGUGCCUAGCUGAGGAUCUGUGCUUUCUGCUCCGAGCCAGUAGGUUCGGCCUGAAGCUGCUGAUGGUUUACCUGAGCAGGAGGGUGCCCACUGUAUUGGAGCGCUUCAGCCAGCAGGUACAGACUAACCCACACAAACCCUUCCUGCUGUACCAGGGCCAGGCGUUCACCUACCGCCAGGUAGACAGCCGCAGUAACCGGCUCGCCCGGCUCUUUCUCAGGGAGCAGCCGGCUCUGCUAGCGGGAAACACGGUGGCUCUGCUGAUGAGUAACGAGCCCGACUUUGUGUGUGUGUGGUUCGGCUUGGCCAAGCUGGGAUGUGCCGUGGCUUUCCUGAACAGUAACCUCCGCAGCCGCUCCCUGUUACACUGCCUGGACAGCUCCGGAGCGAACAGCCUGGUUGUGGGAGAAGAUCUAGUUGAUGUUGUGAAGGACAUUCUGACCAACAUCCAGGACAAUAACAUAUCUGUCUGGGUUAUGGGGAAAACAUGUACUCUCCAUGGAGUGAAUACCCUCGCAGAUAAAGUGGAAGAAGUACCAGGCAGCCCUGUGUCAGGAACAUGGAAAUCUACCAUCAAUCUGAAGUCCACCUUUCUGUAUAUAUUCACUUCGGGGACAACAGGGUUACCAAAGGCUGCUGUAAUCACCCAGCUCCAAUCCUUAAGGGCUAGUGCUGGAUUUUCAGUGUUUGGAGUCACCAAGGAUGACAUCAUCUAUGUUGCACUUCCUUUAUAUCAUGGUGCCGCUUCUCUCUUAGGCAUCUGUGGCUGUAUUGAGCUUGGUGCAACAUUGGUGCUAAAGAAGAAAUUCUCAGCUAGCCAGUUCUGGAAUGACUGUCGAAAGUACAAUGUUACAGUAUUUCAGUAUAUAGGAGAACUCUGUCGCUACCUGUGCAAUCAGCCAAAGAUUGAAGGAGAGAAGAAUCACCAAGUCCGAAUGGCUGUAGGAAAUGGGAUCAGGCCCGAGGUCUGGAAAGAAUUUCUCGAGCGAUUUGGUGACAUUAAGAUGUGCGAGUUUUAUGGUGCAACAGAAGGAAAUAUUUUCUUUAUGAAUUACACAGGGAAGUUGGGAGCUGUGGGACGCAUAAACUCCAUAUAUAAAGCAUUUCUGUCGUAUAAACUGGUGAAAUAUGAUGCUCAGAAGGAAACACCCAUAAGAAAUGAACAAGGGCGAUGUGAAAAGGUUGGCAAAGGUGAGACUGGACUCCUAAUUUCUCCAGUGACUAAAUGGAACCCAUUCAGUGGUUAUGCUGGAAACAAGAAGUUUUCACAGCAGAAGCUGUUGGAAGAUGUAUUUAAAAAGGGGGAUCUGUAUUUCAACACGGGGGACCUCAUGUCUGAGAGCAAGGAUGGCUACAUUUACUUCCGCGAUCGGAUUGGAGAUACCUUUAGAUGGAAAGGGGAAAAUGUUGCAACCACAGAGGUGGCUGAAAUUAUCGGAAUGUUGGACGUUGUCGAAGAAGCCAAUGUGUAUGGAGUAGCUGUCCAAGGGUAUGAAGGCAGGAUAGGGAUGGCAGCUAUUAUCCUGAAACCAGGUCAAGAGUUCAAAGGGAAAAAAAUAUACAAUCACGUUGUGAAACAUCUGCCAAGUUAUGCUUACCCACGCUUCCUGAGAAUCCAGGAAUUCAUGGAGAUGACUGGAACCUUCAAGAGAAAAAAAAUGAAAUUGGUAGAAGAAGCAUUUAAUCCCAUGAUCAUAACUGAGCCACUGUAUUUCCUGGAUACUUUUGAGAAAUCUUACAUUUUAAUGACAGAGCAAAUCUAUGACCAGAUUUUGUCAUUCAAGAUAAAAUUAUGAGCCAUGUUUUGUAAUUUGGGCAUUUAUUAUAUAUCCAUGGGAAUUCUGUAUGACCAUUUUCUCAGCAAAUAGUUUUAUAGUAUAACUGUUAACAGCAGCUGUGUUUUAUUAAUACAUUUUAUCUGAAGAUGUAUUAUCUGCAGAGAAUAUAUUUUAACUUGCCUUGUAAAUAAUUUUAAUUUGUAUCUCUGUAACAAAACAUUAUUGAUAUAUACAAACACAUUUUAUAAGUAACUUGAUUUCCUAAACUGUUAAAAAGCCUGUAAUUGUAUUUUUUACUGAACAACAUAGCAUUAUAAAAAUGGUUGCACUCUAAUUUCUUGUCUUUUAUAGAAAUUUAAAUUUCAAAACUUGGAAUGCCUACCCUUUACAUUAUAGACAGGCAGGAGGCUGGAAGAACACAGCCAGCCAGGCAGCACCAGCAGGUGGAGAA